AUAGGUUAAUUAAGCGUAAUGUGCAAAAUUUUAUAAAUUCAACAAAUUAUUAAUUAAAAUUUUGUUUCUCCUGGAUGUAAUAAAGACGCUCUAAAGUGUACAACGUUUUAUUGUAAAAAUUACAAAAGUUUAAAUGAAAAAUCGUAAAAUAUUCAAACCGUAAAAUGUGUAAAACAAAAUUGAUUACAUCAAUUUUGGAACGUGUUCUUAAAACGCCUAAUUUCGGGCAAUGUUUACAAAAGCUCCAAAUAAUCUCAGCAGGAAAUGGAAAUUGUAAAGCACAAUUAAUCAUAUCAGAGGAGCAUUUAAACUUAGGUGGUACUUUGCAUGGGGGUUUCACAAGUACACUAAUUGAUUGUGUUUCUACAUAUGCGAUAAUGACACAUGAAAUUAAUUCACCAGGUGUCUCAGUAGAUUUAAAUAUUACGUUUAUGAAACCUGCAUUUCCUGGAGACCUGAUAACAAUUGAUGCCAAAACUAUACGUGCUGGAAAAACACUAGCGUUCCUUGCAGUAGAUAUUACAAAAGACGAGGGGAAACAUGUAAUUGCUCAUGGACGGCACACAAAAUUUGUUGGACAGAAAUAAAGCAGUACAUAUAUUGUUGUAUAGUGUUAAUAUUUAAUGAACACAAUACUUUAGUACAUGGAUAUAUUAUAAAACCUGAAUAUGUUCCAGUAAUGUUUCAAUGUGUAUAUAGUAUGUAUAUGUUUAUAUAUCUACACAAGUGAAUACAAUUUCUUUACUGGA